UAUAUUAUAUAUAAAGCCACUAUCAUUGCAGAAGGCCGGGCUUUAAUAGCCUGGGGAUAUUUUGUGGAAGCAAUUUCAUGGCACCUCCAGGAUUCUACAGCAAGCUCUUCCUCGUCCUCUGCAUAUUCAGUCCACUCACCUUCGGCGCCGUGAAUGCAGGUUCAGAUGGGCAUGGUAAGAAGCACAAGGUUUCACUAGACUGGACAAACCAUGGUGGAGAUUUGUACAAUAGAAGAUAUGCCAACAAGGAGACCAAGAUCGGCCCUGCAACUGUCUCCAAUCUACGUUUGAAGUGGGAAUUUUAUGCUGGAGGUGAUAUAACUGCAACACCAGCAGUUUUUAAUGGCACCCUUUACUUCCCAAGCUGGAAUGGAUACAUAUAUGCAGUUAAAGCGUCAGAUGGGUCCCUUGUUUGGAAGAAAAACUUGCAGAAAUUAACUGGCUUUAACAACACUGGUUUCCUUCUCAAUGUCAACUCAACUGUUUCCAGAUCAGCACCGACUGUUGCCCGUAACCUCAUCAUUUUUGGGAUCUAUGGCCCUGCUGUUGUCAUUGCUGUCAAGCGGUCAACGGGGAAGCUUGUGUGGUCAACCCGGUUAGAUAAUCACAACAGAAGUUUGAUUACCAUGUCUGGAACCUACUACAAGGGGGGUUUCUAUGUUGGGACAUCCUCACUGGAAGAAGGUGUCAGCGUGGAGCUAUGCUGCACAUUUCGUGGCAGCCUCUCCAAACUAGACGUCCGAACUGGUGCAAUCUUGUGGCAGACCUUCAUGCUGCCCAACAACUUCGGUAAAACCGGGGAGUAUGCCGGAGCAGCUAUUUGGGGAAGCAGCCCUUCGAUUGACGUUCUCAGAAACAUGGUCUAUAUUGCCACCGGAAACCUAUACUCUGCUCCUGCUAAUGUACUUGAGUGCCAGGAGAGGGAGAACAACCAGACAGUACCUACAUCUCCGGACAAGUGUAUUGAGCCUGAUAACCAUUCAAAUUCAAUACUAGCCCUUGAUUUGGACUCCGGAAAGAUCAAAUGGUAUAAGCAACUAGGAGGUUAUGAUGUAUGGUUUGGUGCAUGCAACUGGCAUUUAGAUCCUCGAUGCCCACCUGGUCCAAGUCCAGAUGCUGAUUUCGCUGAAACACCAAUGAUGUUAAGUAUAUAUGUCAAUAGAACUAAGCAUGAUGUUGUUGUGGCUGUCCAAAAAAGUGGGUUUGCAUGGGCUUUAGAGCGUGAUCAUGGAAGCCUAGUAUGGUCUAAGGAAGCUGGACCAGGAGGCCUGGGAGGAGGAGGUAUGUGGGGUGCAGCAACUGAUGAAAGGCGGAUCUACACUAACAUUGCCAACAGUCAGCACAAAAACUUCACUCUUAAACCAUCCGAGAACACCACAAUUUCUGGCGGAUGGGUGGCAAUGGAAGCUCGUAAUGGCAAUAUCCUGUGGUCGACAGCCAACCCAAAUAAUGCUACAGCCCCUGGCCCUGUUACGGUGGCUAACGGUGUACUUUUUGCUGGAUCCACAUAUCGACAAGGACCCAUAUAUGCGAUGGAUGCAAAGACGGGGAAGAUUCUUUGGUCAAAUGACACUGGAGCCACCAUUUAUGGUGGCAUAUCAGUGAGCAAUGGAUGCAUUUACCUUGGCAAUGGUUACAAGGUAACUCUGGGAUAUGUUAACAAGAAUUAUACAGCUGGAACCUCACUCUAUUCCUACUGUGUACAAUAAUUUUUGCUUUCUGCCCCACAAUCUGGGAGAGAAUGUCAUUUAUCAGUUAAUAUCUGAUGCAUGACUCACACCGACUCCCAUCUCUCUUAGCUUUCUAGAUUUCAAAGACUUGUUCUCUUUCUUCUUCUUGUAAUUUGGAUAUACGUGUAUUUGGUUGCACCCCUCGCUUUAAUAUAAUUGCAUUACUUAUAUGAUGUAUGAUUUUUAUUGAAAAUAAAAGGAAACCAAUGAGUUUGAAAUUUACAUGUUAGGCCUAUUUUGUAUGUUGGCUUGAACUUUCCAGUGUCCAAGUUGAUUGUUUUUCUAACAUGUCCAAUGAAACUAAAAAUUUCACCUUACAAUGGUAAUAUUGCUCCUUAGGAUUUCAAAUUUUUUGUGAAGGGAUGUGAAGAACUGGACUGAUCUUUUGGACAGCAAGUAUAAAAUCCUAGAUGUUUCCCAUAUCUUCACCCUCCCUCAACAUUUCAGAGAACCCGAAGGUUUCCUAGACUGUCACAGCUUAAUUGUGCAGAACUCAGACAGAGAGAAUCACCAAACCUCGAGCAUCAGAUUAACUCAGCCCAUUUUGCUUCAGGUCAACAAAUUUAAUAAAUUGAGGAGCCAAAAUUUCAAAAAGGAAGAAGAAUAUUAUGAAAAGAAACUGGGAAAAAUUCUAGAGCAAAUAAAAGAAAGCAGAAAUUUUACACUGUAGAAUUGGAUUGGGGAUAAGAAAAUUUAUACUACGAAUAUUUCACGAAAUCCAUUCCAAGAUAUUCAUGCAGUGCAUACUGUGCUAUCACGCUUUGUCAAUCUAAGAAUAACCAACAAAGGAUAAAUCUAACAAGCAAUAGAGAUACUUGGUUAAAAGCAUAAUUUGCUUACAUCAUAAAAUCUAUGGUUGAACAGAAAAUUAAGAACAGAGCGUACUGUGAAACUAAUUUAAGCCAACACAUCUGCUAAAGUGCAUGUCUAUGACUUUACAUUCAAUUAAACACACAAAACACGAAGGUAUACUAGAAAGGUUAUUGGACCAUCACGCACUGGUUUUUCAGACAAUUUUCUGAUAUCUCAAAGACAGCAGUAAACUCACCUUUUCCACCCUGCCCUUGCCAUCUUAUCUGAAAUUUGAUCCACAACAUAGUUAACAUCAUUCAGAUAUCCACUGAUACUUUCAGAAACAGAAAACCAGUCUGCUAAUGAAAAAUUUUCGAAUAAAAAUCAGCAACCCCAGAAAUAGAAAGAGCUGGGUGGCUUUUAUGAAAAAAUGCAAAAAGCAAAAAUAGAGAGGACAUAAUUUUCUCCUUCGAAUUUGAUAGAAGCUAUUCUGUUGGCUUAAAAUUUCCAUGACAAAGUUAAGAGACAUUAAAAUUCAAGACAAUAAACUGCCAAAUGUCGUUCAGCACUUACAACAAUGCACAAACAAGAUAUAAGUGAUAAAAAAUGGAUACAACAGAGGUGCACAUUGAAAACAUAUUUAGAUUUAUUUUUCUUUUUUUAGAAAAAAAAAAUCUCACCAUAACUAAUCCAAGACAAAAUAAGUAUGAAAAAACUGCACUUCUCCAGAUUCUUACCUCGACCAUCUUUAGAGAAUAAUGGUGGUCUGUCAAUUUUUCUUCCUCCUUUGCCAUUCGCUUGAAUUAGCCCCUGCACCUGGGGCGACAUUAUCAAUUUACUAGUGUCUGAAGUUGGCAAAGAAUGCCUCCUGGUGAAACCAUUUUCAAUCCCAUCUUGUUCAAACUUCGGGGAUCCUUGUGCUUUAAGUUUUGCCUUGGCAGACUCAGUUGCCGCCAUAUAGCUUGGUAAAGACACAGUAUUUUGUGAAACAUUCUCUGAGUUUUGCUGUUUUGCUGGGAAAGACUUUCUUCUGCUUUGGUUCUCCUUGCUAGUUUGAUCUUCCAUUACAAUU